AUGAACACGCUACAGACCCACUUCUGGGCAGUACGCGACUACCUCUCACCCGUCCUGAGAGAGUCGAAAUUCAAGGAGCACGGCCGGAUCACACCGGAAGAGUUUGUAGCUGCGGGCGACUUCCUAUCCUACAAGUUCCCGACAUGGCAAUGGUGUGCCGGCAGCUCAUCUAAGGCGCGCGACUAUCUGCCCAAGGACAAGCAAUUCCUUAUCUCGUGCGGCGUACCCUCGCUGCGUCGAGUCAGUCAGAUCGAGAAGGGGGUGGGAGUCGGGGUCAACGAUGACGACGAGAAGCUCAUGAGCUUCGAUGAGGGGGCAGCGGACGCAGCUGAAGAUGAUCAGUGGGUGGCGACUCACUUUGACGAGCAGCAGGCAGGCUCGAACCACCGAGCAGCAGACAUGAUCGACAUUCCCGACAUUGGCGAAGACCAAGCUGCGCCGGAACAUCAGCUCACCGAGGGCCAGGAGGACGAUCUUGCCUCCCGUGUCGCUGGUGUCAGCAUAACGCCCUCGAGCUCCAACCUGGAGGCUUCGGCCUCUGGCACCGACAUCGGCGACAUCCCCGACAUGCCGGACAUCCCUGACAUGGACGAUGAGACGGACGACCUCGCUGGCGGCGUUGUCGAGGAAGACGACCCAGCCACCGCCGCACCACCCACCCUUCCCACCUCCACUUCGACAACAGCCGCCGGUGGAGGGGACAACAGCAAACUCAUCUCGGUCCGCAAGUACGACUGCAUCAUCACGUACGACAAGUACUACCAGACCCCACGCAUGUGGCUCGUCGGCUACGACGAGCAUGGCGUCCCUCUCAAGCCCGCGCAGAUCUUCGAGGACGUCUCGUCGGACUAUGCGCAAAAGACGGUCACCAUCGAGCCAUUCCCCCAUGGGCAUGCUGGGCCUGAUAGCUCGGCUACGUCGAAUGCGUCGGCGGUGGGCGUGGCGACCGCAAGCAUUCACCCGUGCAAGCACGCGAGCGUGAUGAAGAAGGUCAUCGAGAGGAUGAAUGCGAGCGUCAUCGAGGAGCAGAGGAAGGCAGCGGCUGCGUCGGGGGGAGCAACGGCGGGCGGGGAAAAGAAGAAGAAGAAGGGUUGGAGCGUCUCGAGCGCUGUCAAGAGGGUCACGGGGUCAGGGGCGGAGGGAAAGACGCCAGCGACGGCCGAGGGAAAGGAUGCGGGAAAUGCAACGAACGAGGCUGCUGGGGAAGAGGAGGAAGUGGAAGGGCUGAGGGUGGACCAGUACAUGAUCAUCUUCCUCAAGUUUAUGGCGUCCAUCGUGCCCGCCAUUGAGAUCGACGCUACGCAGGCUUUGUAG